UCCCUUGAUUAAAUAGCUUCCCUUCUGAAGGAGAGGAGCAGCACCUCUGAAUCCUGCCAGAAACAGUGCUCCCCACCAUGACUGCUGCCCCCCUUGGCGUGGCCAGGGCAGCCAGGCUUGGCUUCCUGCUUCUGCUCUCCCUCAGGCUAGACAGAGGUGCACUAGGCAAGGAGUUGAAGUUCGUGACACUGGUGUUUCGGCAUGGAGACCGAAGUCCCAUCGAAACCUUUCCUAACGAUCCCAUAAAGGAGUCCUCAUGGCCACAAGGAUUUGGCCAACUCACACAGUUGGGCAUGGAACAGCAUUAUGAACUUGGACAGUAUAUAAGGAAAAGAUAUGGAAAAUUCUUGAAUGAGUCCUAUAAACGUGAACAGGUUUACAUUCGCAGCACAGAUGUUGACCGGACUCUGAUGAGUGCUAUGACAAACCUUGCAGCCCUGUUUCCCCCAGAGGGCGUCAGCAUCUGGAAUCCAAGGCUACCCUGGCAGCCCAUCCCAGUGCACACAGUGUCUCUCUCUGCAGAUCGGUUGCUCUACCUGCCUUUCAGAAACUGCCCUCGUUUUCAAGAACUAGAGAGUGAGACUUUGAAGUCCGAAGAAUUCCAGAAGAGGCUUCAACCAUUCAAGGAUUUUAUAGAAACCUUGCCAACACUGUCAGGAUUUCAUGGCCAGGACCUUUUCGGAAUUUGGAGUAAAGUCUACGACCCUUUAUAUUGUGAGGGUGUUCACAAUUUCACUUUACCCUCCUGGGCCACCAAGGACACCAUAACUAAGUUGAGAAAACUAUCAGAAUUAUCCCUCCUGUCCCUCUAUGGAAUUCAUAAACAGAAAGAGAAAUCUAGACUUCAGGGGGGUGUCCUGGUCAAUGAAAUCCUCAAUCACAUGAAAAGUGCAACUCAGCCGCAAAACCACAGAAAACUUGUCAUGUAUUCUGCAGUAAGUACUUUUGUCUUCAUUUAAUAUCUAUGUGUUCAGGUGUGUGAUCUCUUAGAACGUGGGACCUCAUCUUCAUGUCCCCAUUGCCCAAAGGACAGUAGGCACUUGCACAAACACUUUUGGAAUUAAGUGCAUCAUUUUGGUCCUUGAGAAAUUUACAAUUCAACACUAAGACUAACAAGAAGCCAACCUAACAUAUAAACACUGCACCAAGCAUUAUAGAAAUGCCAUACAAGUAAGUGCUUUGGAGCCUCAAAAAAGGUAGCCAUCUUUCUGCAGUAGGAGGAUGGGGAAAAGAAAGAGGAGAUGUCCUGGACUGAGCAACCCAUCAAAAGCAUCAAGGUGGAAGAAGUUACUAAGUGGCUCCUUACCCAUGUGUGAGGGACAUGAAGGGAAAUACUAGGGCACACACGGAACGUCAGAAACAUUAAGUGGACAAGCUGGUACCAAAUUAGUUGAUGUUAACUGUGCUGCCCAAUAUGAAACCUCGCAAGCACAUGCAACUCUUUAAAUAGAAAUGAAUUAUUAUU